AGUGACAGUGCGUAUGUUAGCAACAAUCAUCAGGCAACUACUCGCCUUCCUUCCCGGUGCAAUAUAGCGACCUGUCUGUUUCCUUCUUUCCUUUUUCUCCUUUCGCCAUUUCUGAUUCCUCUCUUCACCUCAUUUUCAAGCUCUUGUCUUAAUAAAUUCUAAAGUCGCCAUUCUGGAGCAUUUCCAAAGUUAAUGCUCUCAUUUCUAAUUACAGUUGACAGCAGAAAGUUUUGUAUUUGGUUCUGGAGACGGUGCCUAUAACAACAUGGCAAUGCGAGGGCGACACCUCGAUGCUUAUUCCAUGUACAAGCGUGGUUCCAAAGACUAUAUCAAUGCCAAUGACAAAGAGCAAGCACGUUCGCUGAAUGGAGCUGGCAAAGAUAUUGGAAACCCUUCUUGGAACCGUUCGUUCCCACAUAUACUCGUGGCAACCUUAUCUUCCUUGUUAUUUGGUUACCAUCUGGGAGUAGUUAAUGAAACACUUGAAAGUAUGUCACAUGACCUUGGUUUUCAUGGGAAUACCAUGGCUGAAGGUCUGGUUGUAAGUACAUGUUUAGGGGGUGCCUUUGUUGGAUCGCUGUUCAGUGGUUCGAUUGCAGAUGGGGUUGGGCGACGCAGGGCAUUCCAACUAUGUGCUUUACCUAUGAUAAUUGGGUCUUCAAUGAGUGCAACAGCAAAAAACCUUUGGGGCAUGCUUCUAGGGAGGCUAUUUGUUGGAAGCGGAAUGGGUAUUGGCCCACCUGUUGCUGCUCUUUAUGUGACAGAGGUUUCUCCAGCUUAUGUAAGGGGUACUUACGGAAGCUGCACUCAAAUUGCUACAUGCCUAGGAUUGAUGGGUGCUCUAUUUAUUGGACUCCCUGCUAAGGAAACUGAGGGUUGGUGGCGAAUAUGUUUUUGGGUAUCUGCUGUUCCUGCUGCUAUGCUUGCUCUUUUUAUGGAGUUUUCUGCAGAGAGCCCUCAUUGGCUUUUCAAGAGAGGAAGAGGUGCUGAUGCUGAAGCUGAGUUUGAGAAACUUUUGGGAGGACCAUAUGUCAAAGGUGCAAUGGCUGAAUUGUCAAAGUCAGAUAGAGGGGAUGAGGCAGAUUCAGUCAGGUUCUCAGAGCUUCUUUAUGGCCGUCAUCGUAAAGUUAUUUUCAUUGGGUCUACCCUUUUUGCCUUACAACAGCUCUCUGGUAUAAAUGCUGUAUUCUAUUUCUCAUCAACUGUCUUUAAAAAUGCCGGUGUACCUUCAGAGUCUGCAAACAUAUGUGUGGGAAUUGCCAACUUGAUAGGAUCAUUUGUUGCGUUGCUUUUGAUGGAUAAACUGGGAAGGAAGUUACUUCUCAUUGGAAGUUUUUCAGGCAUGGCAGUGGCAAUGGGUCUUCAGGCAACUUCAGCUAGUUCCUUAGUCUCGAGCAGCAAUGAAGUUUAUAUGUCUGUUGGAGGCAUGCUGUUGUUUGUCUUGACCUUUGCAAUGGGUGCUGGGCCAGUCCCUGGUCUCCUCCUAUCAGAAAUGUUUCCUAGUCGGAUUAGGGCAAAGGCAAUGUCAAUUUGCAUGGCUGUCCACUGGGUGAUAAAUUUCUUUGUUGGCCUGUUGUUUUUGCGGUUACUGGAGCAGAUUGGACCAUUAGUCCUGAAUACAAUUUUUGGCACCUUUUGUUUGGUGGCAGUAAUUUUCGUGAAGAAAAACGUGUUGGAAACUAAAGGAAAAUCACUUCAAGAGAUUGAAAUUGCAUUUCUUCCACCAGAAUAGAGGGAGCUGCUGAAUAGUAAGUGGUUCAAUGCACCCAUGUCUCUUGUAUCAAAUUCUGCCUGGAUACAAAUACAAAGAUACAGACUUUGCUAAAUGAUGUCACAGAUGGAGUAAUUGGAAAGAACACAUUCAUUCAGUGCUCACUCUCCAAGGCCCAUGUAUAUUCUAAGAGCGUUUCAUUUUUUUUCUUUUUUUUGGUCUUUUUAAUACUGGGUGAGCACAUUUCCUGCUGGAAAUUAAAGUAGCAUAUACAUCCAAACGUGUUUUCACACGGAAUAAUAUGUUCAGCUUCAAUAUAGUUAAUCAAUGAUAGAACCUCUUUUUUUUGAUGUC